AGCACUUCCGGUAGCUUCACAUACUGCUGGCAGUUUAGAGUUAUAUGUAUAGAUCAGUGGUCACAACACACACGUGGAUGGUGGUAAAGGCUGUUUUUACUUGAUAAUGCGUAGUCUGUGUAAUAGGAUAGAAACAUAAUUUAUUUUAUUUUCGUUGUAAAAGUUUUGUUGGACAAAUAUAUUUUAAGAUCGAGUAAUCAAAGUGUGAUCUAGGCACAGAUUAUUGUACUGUUUUUUGUGGCCUUCUUUUGAAGCUGUCAAAUCUAAGCUGCGUGUCAGAGUCGUUGCUAUUUGUCAAUCGAGUUUUGUGAAGGAUCUCAGCAGAAAGCCUUCCAGGUUACACAAAACAUGGCCAAAAAUAAACAGAGAGGUAAAAAGCAGCAGAAUGUCUUUCAGGUUGCGAACAGGCAGUCAAAGCCUAAAAGCAAAGCGAAACCUGUGAAGACCUCACUGAAACACAUAAACACUUUGAAAAAUGAUAAAGUAGAGAACCUGAAUCAGAUAUUCACAGAGGUACAAAGGGAUGUAAUAAGCAUAUCAAAAUCCACAUGCAGUGAUCUCAAAAAUGGACAAAAGUUGGUCAGAGAAGCUCCACGGGAACAGGUCAAUGUGGAUAAUGCCGCGCAGCUUUUCUCACAACUGUAGAAGAUCAUCAUUUCAAAUACAGAAAGCAUGAAGAAAAUGGACUCUGGACUUAACACACUACCCAACCUUACUGGAUUAAACUUACUUCCCAAAUGUUUAAUAUAGAAAACUAUCAUGCAAGUCCAUCAUCUAUAUAAGUAAUUAUACGCUAAUGUCUGUAAUAAUAUUGUACGUGGCUUUUAACUGCAUAAUUGCCCUCUUAAGUGCUGAGAAGUUAAUUUUGUAAAUGCAUUCUGGAGCAGCACUGAAAACUGAAUAUCAGUACAUUAGCAGCUUUCCCUCCGUGUGGAAUAACUAUUUAGAGUUCUCUGCAUACAAACACAAUAGUUAAAAGUCAUUAAAGUCUGAUUUCCAUUAGAGCAGUUUGGUAUGACUGUUUCUUCUGUAACAUGUCUUAAGUUUUCUUCAGAUCAAGAUAAAGGAAUAAUGGAUGGGCUCUCGAGCUGUUGAUGUUCAUACCAUUAGCUGAUGUUUUAUUUUUAUCAGUAAAAUGGGCAAUGGACUGUUGUGCACAACAUCCAGAGCACUUUCAGCUACAUAGCUUCAAUACUGAUUCUCUUACGGGAUAUUGGAAGAGUCUGUUCAAUAACUGUAAGCUAAAUUUCUACAGUUGAAGUCAGAAGUUUACAUACACCUUAGCCAAAUACAUUUAUAUCAGUUUUUCACAAUUCUUGACAUUUAAUCGUAGAAAACCUUCCGUCUUAGGUCAGUAAGAUCAUUAUUUUAAGAAUGUGAAAUGUCAGAAUAAUAGUAGAGAGAAUUAUCUAUUUCAGCUUUUAUUUCUUUCAUCACAUUCCUAGUGGGCCAGAAGUUUACAUACACUUUGGUAGUAUUUGGUAGAUCAGGGCUUUGUGAUGGCCACUCCAAUACCUUGAAUUUGUUGUCCUUAAGCCAUUUUUCCAUAUCUUUGGAGGUAUGCUUGUCCAUUUAGAAGACCCAUUUGCGAGAGAGCUUUAACUUUCUGGCUAUGUCUUGAGAUGUUUCUUCAAUAUAUCCUCAUAAUUUGACUUCCUCAUGAUGCAUCUCUUCCUCAUCUAUUUUGUGCAAUGCACCAGUACCACCUCCUGCAAAGCACCUGCCAAACAUGAUGCUGCCACCCCCAUUCUUCACGGUUGGGAUGGUGUUCUUCGGCUUGCAAGCCUCACCUUUUUUCCUCAUUAUGUUUGGCCAGUCAUUAUGGCCAAACAGUUCAAUAUUUGUUUCAUCAGACCAGAGGAUAUUUCUCUAAAAAGUAAGAUUGUUGUCCCCAUGUGCAUUUGCAAACUAGUCUGGCUUUUUUAUGGUGGUUCUGAGCAGCCUUUCGGGUUAUGUCGAUAUAGGACUCGUUUUACUGUGGAUAUAGAUACUUGUCCACCUGUUUCCUCCAGCAUCUUCACAAAGUCCUUUGCUGUUGUUCUGGGAUUGAUUUGCACUUUUCACACCAAACAAUAUUCAUCUCUAGGAGACUGAAUGAGUCUCCUUCCUGACUGGUAUGAUGGCUGCGUGGUCCAAUGAUGUUUAUACUUCUGUACUAUUGUUUGUACAGAUGAAUGUGGUACUUUCAGGCAUUUGGAAAUUGCUCCCAAGGACAAACCAGACUUGUGGAGGUCCACAAUGAUUUUUUUCUGAGGUCUUGGCUGAUUUCUUUGGUUUUUCCAUGAUGUCAAGUUAGGAGGUGGGCCUUAAAAUACAUCCACAGGUACACUUACAAUGACUCAAAUUAGCCUACCAGAAACUAAUUGUCUUAAGGCUUGACAUAAUUUUCUGGAAUUUUCCAAGCUGCUUAAAGGCACAGUUAACGUCUGAUAAUAGACACACUUGCAUUGUCUCUUAUUUUAAAACUAAGUAUUAAUACAAGCAUAAUAACUUGUAUUGUUGGUUAGUGGAGUGUAAGUGCAGUUUUGACAAUAUUCUUCUGACCCACUGGAAUUAUGAUAUAAAUUAAAAGUGAAACAAUCUGUCUGUAAACAAUUGUUGGAAAAAUUACUUGUCAAAACUAUAGUUUACACAUGAAAUGUGUGAAGUGGUUAAAAUGAGUUCACAUGAAAAAAUUAAAAUGACU